UUCCGGCGCGCAGCAGGCGGCCAUGUUGGAGCAGCGGAGGCGGCGCAGAGGUGCGUCCUGGGUCCCCGCGGCGGCGCCGGUGCCAAGCAGUGGUUUGUGGAUACCUGGGCAGAACUGCAGUGCCUAAUGCCAUGAGCGUGGUGGUGCAGCAUGUGGAGGAGAAAGCUGUGCACUCCUGGUCGCGCAUCUCCACAGCAGGGAAGAAGGCCUUGGAGGAGGCGCUGCUUGUCUUUAACCCCAUGAGCCAGGAUCUCAGUGCCACGGAGGCCCAGCUUGUGGCCUUCCUGCAGGGCCUGCGAGAUGAUGGUUUCCAACCUACCAUUCUACGGAGCGGUGAUGUCUAUGGCUAUAGUUCAUGCACGGCCAAACCCCCAAGUCAGACGAAGCUGCAGGCCCGUGCCCCCAACCGAACUGCCACAUCACCUCCAGCCAGUGGUCCCCGAACUGCUGUGCACCUGCCCCCGGGCCGUGCUACCCUGCUGCCCAUGUCAUUGUCGGGCAGGCUGGCCAAAGGAUCUACACCAGCCCUCACCAAGCAUACGACUACCAACCUGCUGCUGAGCUCCCUGAAGCAGUCAAGUGCCAGCCGAACCAGGGGUGCAACAAUGGGCUUUCCCACCCACCUAUAUCCAGGUGUCUAUCCUGCCAUGCGACUUUCUGUUGUCCUUGAGGCCCUGGUUCCACUCAAGAAUACCAUGCCCUGCUUGAAUGCUAAGCACAAGCCACAGUCACUGCCGCUCUCACUUGCAGACUCUCCUUUGAAAGUGCGGAAAGGUUCUGCAAAGAGUCCAGGGAACCUCUGGUCCAAAGCUCCUAGAAAAACCACAAGCAAGAACCCUAUGUGUCUGACUCACAAAGGUUCUAAGGCUGGAGCCCAGCAAGGCACUGGACCCCAGAGAAAGACCUAUAAAGGUACUGGCUCCUUCCGUGGUCUGCAGAUGAAAGAGGGCUCCACCAUGGCCACCAAAACAACCCAGGUCAAGGCAGCUCGAACACUGGCCAAAGCUGCCCGUGCCCAUGGCAUUGUGGCUCGGAUACAGGCUAAGGCCAAGGCUAAGGCCAAGACCAAGGCCAAGGCUAAGGCAGUACGGGCCAAGGCUAAGGCCAAGGCAGCACGGGCCAAGGCUAAGGCCAAAGCCGCACGAGACAAGGUGGCUCAGACCCGGGGCAGGGGCAGACCAAAGGGAUCUGUUCAGCCUAGGAUUUCGAGAAAGGUUCAGAAAAGUCAUUCUGUAACUCUGGGGCAGAAGAGGAAAAGGGCUGAAGAGGCAAAGGACCUCCCUCCAAAGAAGAAAAAACGGCUGGGGUCCCAGUCUCCUAAGUCCUGCCUGGGCUCGGGAACAGCGAAGCUGUUAAAGUUCCGUGCCAUAAAGGUGAACAGGCAGGCCUCAGAUGACGAGGUCCGGCAGCAAGCCCAGCGGAUCCUCCGUGUGAACCUGUCUCCUGUAAUACGGCUCCAGCCAUUGAUGCCAUAUUCGACAUCCUGAUUCCUUCAUACAGCAAAGUUUGGAAAAAUAGCCCAGCUGCUUGCAUGGCCAGUGGCACAGUGUGCCAUGAUGCCUGUGGACUCUGCAACCUUGAACAACUCCGAGUACCUUUCCAGGGCACUGGCGGCACCAGCCUUUCAGAAAUUGAAGGAUUUGGGGUGGGGUGGUGUUGGGAGGGGUGUUCUCAUGGCGCAAUGCACUGUGACUUGUUCUUGAAGUUGUAUGUUCACUGUUCCAUCUAUCACGUUUUAUACCUUUCCACCUUCCA